UGAGUAGAGGUGGAUGGGUAGAAAGAGAGCGGAAGCCAAGAAUAAAUGGCUCUCUAGAACUUCUUCGCUUUUUAAUACAACUUAGAUUUGAUUCUUGGGUUUUCCUAUGUCGACUGGAGAAAAUUCUAAAAGGUCUCUGUGGGUUGCCGAGAAUUUCAAAAAAGGAAACUGGAAGCUCCUGAGCCGUUGGCGUCCCGUCGCCAAGGAGACGGGCCAUUCCAUUUCUUCACAAGGGGUAGUUGAAAUACUCUUCCCUCUCUCAAGUCUGCAGCAAGGAGCCCAAAUCACUCCAAAGAACUGACAAGGUUUAGGUUCUCGGCGGGGGCUCCGCAGGUGGGCGCGCUCCACUUCGGAGCUUGCCUGGCCUCUGCGGGGUGCACCCCCAGGUCCGUGUGGUGCAGCCCGGAGCGACACGCAUGGGACGAGGGUCCCCAGACAGGGCAGAACUCUGUGGGCUUGCAUCCAGGGUCUGAUCUCGAAGGUGCCCAGGAUGCCUGGUCCGGGGAAGCCCCGGAAAGACCUUACGCGAUGGAAGAAGAAGAAGCAGCCUGUGCGCCGCACGGUCAGCCAGAUCUGCCCGCCGCCCCGACGGCCGCUGACGGUGGCCGAUAUCCGCCCAGGCAUGGAGAACGAGAGGCUGGGGGUCGUGCGUGACUCCAUGUUUCAGAACCCGCUCAUCGUCAAGGCAGAGCUUGGCAAGCCUCGGGAGAGAAGCUGCAGCCUGCCUGGCAUCAACUUCAAUUAUGGACUCUACAUCCGGGGGCUGGAUGGAGGGGUUCCUGAAGCCAUUGGGCACUGGAAUGUGUUUAAGCAGCAGCCCACAUGCCCCCAUGAGCUGACCCGGAACUAUAUCGCCAUGAACCGUGGGGCUGUCAAAGCUGGCCUGGUGACUGCCCGGGAAAAUAUGCUCUACCGUGAACUUAACGACAUCCGGAUCAGCGACCAGGAGGAGCGGCGGCAGAAGGAGCCACCCCCUGCCCCUCCCAACGUGACCUUCGGGAUCCGUUCACGGCCGUCCACACCCUUCUUUGACCUGUUACAACAUCGGUACCAGCAGCUGUGGGUACAGGAGCAGAAGGCCACUCAGCAAGCCAUCAAACUGGAGAAGAAACAGAAGGUGAUUCUGGGGAAGCUAUAUGAGACAAGGAGCAGUCAGUUGAGGAAGUACAAGCCGCCUGUGAAGCUGGAUGCUCUCUGGCACAUGCCUCACUUCCAGAAGGUGGGGCCCCAUCUUGCUACAUUCCCCACUGAGGCUGAUCGCCAGCGAGCUCUGAAGGCCCACAAGGAAGAGUAUGCUGUGCGCCAGGGCACCCUGCGGAUGGGCAACUACACCCACCCCUAGCCCUCCCUACAGGAGGAGCCUCCUUGAUGCGGCAGAAAAAUCCCCGAAGAACUCAUAUUUCUCCCCCAGACCCCAGAAGACACGCCCACACUUUGACACAGCUCUUUGCCACAGGGACCUCAGAUUCAAGUCUUAUUUUUUUAUAAGAACCCCGAGCCCCCUAACCUUUCUGUCUUGUCUCACCCCCAAUUUCCCUCUGCCUAGGGAGCCACCCCCCCUCACUCUCCUCCACCUCCUCCUCUCCUCUUUCCGCCUUUCUCCUCAUCCAUUUCUCCUUCUGUCUCCACCUCCUCUUCCUUUUCCAGGAGACCCACUCUGCCUCUUUGCAAGCCUUAAUAGAUAAACCAAAAUCACAGGAAGUUUUAAAAUAAAUAAACAGAUCCAGGCUAUGACUCAA